AUGGAACGGGGAAACUUUAUGGAGAAGGGGUGGGCGGAUCUUGGGACGGACGGACGGGUACCUACUUUGAUUGUGAUGUAUAUACAGCGCAUUCGGAUUCGAUCCUCGAAGAGUCAGAUAAAAACAUUGCAUAUGGGGUGCCGAAUUGAGGGUAUGUCAAGCAACACGGGUGGAAAAAGCAAGAGAUGGAGCUUAACUGAAGGCGGAGGAAAGAGUUGUACCUACCUGUAUACCUACAUCACAUUGAAAGCUGGCACCGUGAUACAGGACCCCCCGGCCUCAGGUUGGCCGUGGGCGAGUUAG